UCUCUAAUUGACCUUCCACACACCUGCGUUGCAUCAAGUUUAAUUAAAAAGAAGUAAUGUCACUUGUUUUCUUUAUCUACUGACUGGUCAAGGAGGAGAGUGAAACAUAAAUUUUGUGUCAAAUGCAAAUCUUUGGCACAUAACUUUUCGUGGUGAAACCCUAAGCUCUGCUUUUGUUAUCGCUGCAGCUUCCACGAUGAACACCAUGUUAAGCCGCACACUGUUUGUUGUUGCAGCAGCUCCCACUAACUCCAAUUUAUGUUGCAAACGGUUUCUUACACACUCAUUUCAUUUUCGCAAUGCUUUCUCAACUGAAGCUCAUUCGCAGACCCUCUUUUUACAAUUUGCCUCCACCAAACUUGAACUGUCUGCGGCCGACAUCUCAUGGAUUCUCAAGCGGCGACCCCAAUUGCAGAACCUUCGAAACCUCCACAACGUAGAGAAGGUUAUUCAUUCGUUGAAGAAACAUGGCUGCACCGAAGCCCAAAUUGCCAAAAUAUUAAGGGGACAUUGCCAGCUUAUCGGAUCUGCAGAAACAAUAUUGGAACCUAAGCUCAAACUCCUGGAAGAUUUCGGUUUUGUGGAUCAAAAUCUGGCAAAACUUAUGACGAGAAAUCCAUGCUUUUUGAGCAAUAGCCUGGAGAACAACAUUUUUCCCACGAUGGAGUUUCUGAAGAAUGUAUUUCAGUCUCAAGGCGUAUUCAUUAAAGCCCUGUUAAGAGCACCAAGACUUCUCAGUUAUAGCUUGGAGAAGACCCUGAAGCCCUCGCUUUCUUUCUGGGAAGGAUGGGGUUUUUCUGGGGCGAAGCUCGUAAGCUUCUUACAGACAAAUCCGAACGUUCUCCAACGCACGUCUCUAACGCCUGGACAGAUGGAUCUCAUCAACAAGAUUGGCAUUGACAAAGAGAGCAAAAUAUUCAAAUAUAUUUUAGGUAUAGUGGCUAUGGGCCGCACGGAAACGUUAGAGGCCAAGAUAGAGAAUCUCAAACUCUGUGGGCUUUCGGUUGAAGAAAUCCGGCAACUACUUGGAGCUGUCCCUCUAGUCCUUUGUUUCUCCAAAGAAAGCGUUAGUGAAAAGAUGAACUUUAUAGUUAAUAACAUGGAGCUCUCUGUACAUCAUGUAGUGAAGCAUCCUUGGUUGUUGCAAAUCAGUUUGGAAAAGACUAUGAGACCCAGGUUUUUGGUUUGGCAGAAAAUCAAAUCCAUCAAUGCCCUCGAGCUUCCUCUUUUGACACUAUUGACGAUGACAGAGGCAAAGUUUGUUCACAACAUUAUAAAAGGGCACGCUGAAUCUAAAUUACUGUGGACAAUUUAUGAAAAUGCCAUCUCUAACGCCUCCAACCGCACAAAGAACUCAACAAAAGAAAAUUUUGAAUAGAGAAAGUAAGAGCCAUGUGAUCUAGUCUUUGGCAAAAGGUUGUUCAGCAAACCCUGUAUAUUCAACAAGAGGAGCUCUGUGUUUAGUUGCUCUUCAAGCAAGUGUUAAUGAUGAAUGUAAUCCUUCCCUUGUGAUGGAGGAUUGAUCCAAUAUUGGAAGCCAAACACUUUUCAGGGCAAGAAAACGGGGCACACACUGCACAGCAGUGGCCAUGGUGGCAGCAGCUGUAAUUCUUGUAGCUUUGCUUUUGAACUCCAUGGUAAAGUUACAUUCAGCAAUGGUUUUCUUUGAAAAAAAGAUUUGGCUUAUGCUUUUUAACAAAAUAGUGUUGAUGAAUGUAAGCAUUCCCUUGUGAUGGAGGAUUGAUCCAAUAUUGGAAGCAUGUUCAAUGUUUCAUGUUUCUUGCAAAAAAGGUCCUGGGGAAGGAUGUUGAAGAUGAGGGCAACUACAAAGAUCUAUAUAAAUCUCUUACUAAGGAUUGGGCUAGUAUGUUUGCGUAACUAUCUGGUGGUUGUCUUUUUUGUGUUUAUUGUUUAGAUGUUUUAAACUUUGAUACAGCUACAAACUCUUAUAUUUUUAAGGUUACAAGUGCUUUUGAUAUUU